AUAAGAAAUCGGAAGCCAUUGAAAACCUCGGUGCUGAUUCAUUUUUGGUCAGCCGCGACGAUGGCCAAAUGAAGGCUGCCAUGGGCACAAUGGAUGGUAUCAUUGACACCGUUUCUGCUGUCCACCCUCUCUUGCCUUUGAUUGGUUUAUUGAAGAAUAAUGGAAAGCUUGUUUUGGUUGGAGCACCCGAGAAGCCUCUUGAGCUACCUGUUUUUCCUUUGCUCAUGGGAAGGAAGAUAGUGGCUGGUAGUGUUGUUGGAGGUAUGAAGGAAACCCAAGAGAUGAUUGAUUUUGCAGGUAAACACAACAUAACAGCAAACGUCGAGGUUAUCCCAGUUGAUUAUGUGAACACGGCUAUGGAGCGUCUCAUCAAAACAGAUGUUAGAUACCGUUUUGUCAUCGACAUUGCAAACACAUUGAAGUCAAGCUCUUAAAUUUUACAUCCCAAAGUUACUCAUCUUGGCAAAAUAAGAUUAUAAACUAAUAUUCGAUUUA